CGUACAAAUAAACAUUUGAGAUUUUAAAAUGUCUGAGCCUCCAAAGUAUCAAGUAGAGGAUGUUUUAAACAAAAAGAAACCCCCGCCACAAAUACUUGAUCUCAGAAAAGCUACGAUAUCAAAUGAGGAUGAAUACAAGAAAUUAAUGGAGAAGAUACCAGAUUAUAGAAUACAACCAGAGGAUGCAGAAGAGACGAGAAAACAAAUUCAAAUGUUGGAAAAUGCAAUGCAGCUAUACAGGAAAAAGAAGAAAUAUAAAAACUCAGAGAGAAAGUUAGAAGCUAUUCCUCUUACAGUUGUAUCACAGGGAGCAAGGCCUCCUGAGGUGAAUGUUGGUUCUGAAAGACGACCUCAAACUAGUCAUGAUAGAGCUCAUACUAAAGAUAAAGAACUACUUUUAGCAAAGUCAAAGAUUAUGCAAAACGAGUCUGCAGGAGGACCAUUGAAAGAAUCUGAGCAAGGCUGUUUAUCAGAUAUUGACGAGUAUCCCUUCUCUAAUCCUUGUCCCCCCAGUAUGCGACAUGUACGGAUAGCUGAUUUGUCAGCUGUUGAAAUAAACUGGAAGAUGUUGACCCUGGCCCGUCCAACUAAUUUAGUGGAUGAAAACAUUUUUUCGAAAUUGGUAGAACUAGAGAAGCUACGGUUAAGAACAAGAAAGGAUGAGGAGAAAGUUGUCAAUGAUCUGAACGGAGUGGAUCCAUUCCUAGUUAUAAGAAAUCCAAGCUGCAGUCGUGGAGGAGUAAUGGAGAAAUAUGUUUUGGUUUGCCAAGAAUGUGGAGAAGAAUAUUGUAGUGGUUCCUGCUCUGUUUUUCAGUAUGAUUCAUUCCAGAGGUUGAUAAAAGAUGAAGAUACGGGGAAAGAUCUGGAAGAGAAAAAUGCAAAAAAGAAGAAAAAAGAAAAAAGGGGAAAAAGCAGUAAAAUACGAAAAAGUAAAGAUUAAAAUGUUUAAAAAAAAAAAACACUUUUUAGUGUCUCACUUGUUUAUCUUUGCAUGUAAA